UUGCUAACUCAACCCAGGGGCAUAAAAAAUGUAUCGUUUGAUGUAGCAUAUGAGCCAGUGUGGGCCAUAGGAUCGGGAAAGGCUGCAAAUGCGCCCGAGAUUGAAGAGGUGUUAUCCAUGAUUAAAGAGCUCAUGGCAGGACAAAACAUUACCGGGCGAGUACUAUAUGGUGGAUCAAUUUCUGAAUCUAAUAUCAAUGAGCUAUCAAAAACUAAUAAUUGUGAUGGAUUUUUGGUCGGAAAUGCAUCAUUGGGCAAGGCCUUUCAGGACAUCAUUGAUGCAGUAUCAGAGACUGGCAAAAUGUGA